AUGGUGCCCUCUCGCACCCUAUACAACGCCUGUUUUGCUGCGUGCCAGCUGCAUUUACAUUCUUUCAGAGUAGUAUAUCAGUGUCGAGAGGUCAUAAUAUCCAAUGGCGAAAAAAAGAAUUGGACACGCGAUGUUACAGGUAUUAACCGCGGGAGCAUUCACAAGUUGACACCAGAUAAUGAAUUUAAUGAGCAAUGA